AUGCACUUUCUCAAAAAGCUGCGGUCUCCGCCGAGGGUUACAACUGCAAAUGCGGGGAAUAAGACGUUCGCCGCGUCCAGCGCCAGCAACAAGAGUACCAGCAGCAUCGACAGCACCAGGCUCGUCCCCGACACUGUGAUCUCCCACAUCCUCUCUUACGUAUGCCCUCAUGCGCUCGACACAUCGUACAAGUCGUCCGAAGAGUCGAUGACCGAAGAUGGCUGCAUGCUAUGCGAUAUGCGCGACUUGGCCCAUUGCGUCGCCGCCUGCAAGAGGUGGAAGGGCCCAGCACAGAAAUUGCUGUACCAAAAUAUCCGGCUUGAUGCGGUCCACUAUUGUGAGCUCGAGAUUGAAUUGUCUUCCAAGCGCAAACGACGCUCGUUCGUUGGUACGACCGGAAAAGCGAUAGAUGUCGUCCAGAUGCGCCUCUUGCUGUUUAUGAAAACGGUGAGAGAGUCUUCGCACCUCGCCGACCUAGUCCUUUCUCUACGUUUGCCUUACAUGACACGAGAAGCUAGCAAGGCCGACCUUGCUCGAACGGUAUCCGUAUUGCACCAUCUACGAUAUGUAGAUCUCCCUGCGGGAUUCUAUAGCGACGAUGUUUCAUCAUACACAUUGAAACAAGAGCUGAUGGCAAGGUGCCCGGAAAUUCGACACAUGACAUAUGCCCAUGGCUCAGAAGGAAGCUUCUCAAGAAUCCCAGGCUCGGGACUUUGGGGCAGCUUGGAAGUUUUGGAACUAUCGGACCUGCACAUUGACGAAAGCACAUUACGCCUAGUUUUGGAUUCUUUCAAGGCUUUGAAAAGCUUGAAGAUGGAAAGCCUCAGUGCUGUUACGGAUUCCGUCUUUGCUUCCACCCACUCCCUCCCACCAUUUCCGCCCCUAGAGACCAUGGUUCUACGCAAUAUGCCACACCUCACAGCCACUGGGCUGGCUACCUAUCUCACGUUGCCUACGAAUCGAGACUCCCUGAAGAACCUCACGUUGACGCAGACCGGGAUCUUGCCUGAGGAAUUACAUGUGCUUGUUUCCAAAGCAUCACGGCUCGUGAGCCUCACACUAGAAGCCACUGUGGACCGGUCGUUUCCUGUAGUGGAUGUUCCGUUUCUCGUGUCGAACAGUGUGCAUAAAUUGAAUUAUGAAAUCUCGUCUGCCAAUGGGUCAUACGGAGCACAGCCUGUGUCAGGUUCCUAUUACAAGUACCUGUUGGCCUCGUUGAUGUCUCGGUCUCUGCCAAAGCUCCGAGAACUAUACGUACUCGACCCUCACUUUGCAGAUAAACUCCUCUUCGCCCCGUUCCAACAACUUUCUCUGAGAGACGAAACUACUUCGCAACCUGCUAGCCAAGGGCUGUCGCAGCCAUUGUCUCUUUUCUCAAAGGGCAUCGACGAAAUGGAUUGGAACCUAACGCAAAUUGGGCCAACAUCACCACAGGCUUCACAAUUAUCAUCGCCGUCAACGUCAUCCUCGGGGCGAGGAUCUUCGGCGACACGGCCAGUCAGCUUCCACGCUGCACAAUUGAGUCCUGUGUGGGGAGGAGAAGCGCGUCGCAGCGUCGCCGUCGGUAACGGGUUUGGCGGUUUUCUGGCUGUGCCUGUGGACGAGGAGCGUCCGAGGAGUAGCAGUGGAGGAGGCUAUAAGCGGCAGAGUAAAUAUGAUAUGUGGAGGUGA